AUGGCGUCGACCGCACCGCUUCCCGUCGAUGAAGAACGUGAAUUUCAUUUAGGUAUUUUAGGCAGUACAGGAUUCGUAGGAAACGCCACCAAGCUGCAAGAACUUAAGAAAGAGCUUUCUAUCAAAUACGGCAUCAACGAGCAAGACAUACACACGGCGGUGGCGGACGUUGACGACUACAGGUCCCUGGUUGCGCUCACACAGAGAUGCCGGGUGCUGCUGACCACUGUGGGGCCCUAUCUGCUCUACGGAGAGCCCGUGGCGCGUGCAUGCGUUGAGACGAGGACCCACUACUGCGACUUAACUGGGGAGAUGCCGUUUGUGUCUUUAUUAUAUUCUCGUCACGGCGCAGCAGCAAAAGAAAGAGGAGUGAAGCUUGUCUCUUUCUGCGGCUUCGAUAGCGUGCCCAGCGACAUCAGUGUUAUGCUCAUACAAGAGAAAGCCAUUCAACUCACCAACAAACCAUGUAGAGAAGUCAAGCUCGCCGUGCGUAGCAUCCGCGGCGGUGUUUCUGGCGCUACACUGGCUUCAGCACUGAAUGUGAUGGGCCACCGGUCGAUGAAGAGUUCUUAUUAUCUUGCUGCUAAUGCUGUCGAUACACCGCAAAAUAGAAUCGAGGGAUUGCCUGUACAGCCCAGAGUGUAA